AUGCCACAACAACAAGCCGAAAACAACAGCAACCGUACAACACUCGAAGCCUUUGAACUCUCCACACAAGGCUUGUCAUCCGUAAACGAAAAUUGUGAAGAUACAAAAUCACUUUCUCCCGAAACGAAAACGUCGGAACCCCUGAUGAUUGUGAGCAGUGAUGAUAAGUCUGUGUUGGACGUUUGUCCAGUGGAGGAGUCUCUCCACGAGGUGAAGAAGGUCUUGAGCGAAAUUCCAGAGGAUGAUGCUUUGGUGGUUGAUGUAAACGAAAAAUUACUUGUUGAAGAAGAGCAGAGUAAAAAGAAAGGGCUCUUUAGACAUUAUUUAAGAUGUUACUAUGAAUUAUGGAAGACAAGAUUGAGUUCUCUUGUUGUUUUCACCGCUGGCUGUGGUUAUUAUGCUGCCAAUAAGCUUCAUGUAAUUUCGGAAGAAAAAGAUGAAAUCAUCAAACUUGUUUCUUCAUCACCUUCUCGCAGUAGCGUUGUCGGAUUUUGCAUUGGUACCUUCCUUCAAGCUGCUUCAGCCAAUAGUUUUAAUGAAAUUCUUGAAAUUGAACGAGAUAAAUUAAUGAAAAGAACAUUUAACAGACCACUCCCAAGAAACAAAAUUGGAGUUCCACAUGCCAUCACACAAGCCGUUGUUGCCGGAGCUGCUGGUACUUUUAUUCUGUACAAAUAUACAAACAAGGAGACUGCAUUACUAGGACUUGCUAAUUUAUUGCUCUACGUAUGUGUUUACACACCAACCAAACCAGUUCAUUGGAUAAAUACUUGGAUUGGAACGUUGAAUGGUAGUUUACCACCACUCAUGGGUGUGACUGCAGCAAUGUUGCCAUACUCAAUAAGCAAAGGCCUCUCAACCAAAUCUUCUUCAUCAUGGAUGAGUUUGAUUCCUUCCUCCGAUUAUAAUAACAAGCUUCUUGCCACUGGAUUGUUUAUGUUUGGUUCCAUGUAUUUGUGGCAAAUUACUCACUUUAUGGCUAUUUCAUACAAAUGUAGACGUGAUUACGAUAUUGCUGGAUACAAAAUGCUUUCAAUUUCGAAUCCAGAAGCAGCUGCCACUCAGUCACUUUUGCACUCUCUUGCCUUAUUCCCUCUCUGCUGGUCAUUACCCGCCUUCGGAGUUGUUCCUUGGUGGUUUGCAGUUGUGACAACUCCAAUCAAUUAUUAUUUCCUUUUGAAACCAGCAAUUACAUUUAAGAAGAAUGUCACAUAUGACAAUGCCACAAGAUUAUUCUUCAAAUCAUUGGCACACUUGAGCAUUUUAUAUGGACUUGCAAUGGUCGCUUUCAAAUUGCAACAAAGUGAAAGCUACCUAAACCUUGCAGACAAAGCCUCUAACUUUUUCUCUCGUUCAUGGGAGUCUGUGAAAUCCUUAUUUUAG